GGGGGAGACAUUUCUCAGCCACACCGUUUUAUCACGCGUUGCUAUGGUGACAACAUACAACCGAGAAGUUUGUUUAAAGCUGUGAAUCCUUUCAUCGCCGCAAAUUACAACAACAACAUCAUUUUUUAGGAAAACAAUAGCAAACAUAUUUUGUAUUUUCUAGCGGGUGCUUCAAGUCGCUGUUAUCGCCAUGAGUGCCAAAGAAAAUCCGGACAAAUUGAACGUUACGACGGAGGAAGCCGACAGGCUGAGAAAGGCGUUCAAAGACGAGAAAUUCAGAGAAAUGUUUCGCGAGUACGCACAAGAAAUAUCCGACCCCGAGAACAGGAGACAGUACGAGAAGGAGAUCCAACUCCUGGAGCAGGAGAGAGGAAACACGGUGGAGUUCAUCCACCCGACGCCGUACAGGUGUCUCAGGACGAGCGUGGACGGUAAACACAAGUGUUUCAUCAACAUCUGUUCCAGUGAGAAAGUGGGUAAACCUCAGUGUCAGAGUGGCGUUUCAGAGGGAGGCCGCAGAGGUCAGCGCUGGUCUCUGCCUCACAGUCUGCACCCAGGCAGACAAGACACGAACCCAAAGGGAAACAAGAUCGUCGUCUAUGACGUGGUCUUCCACCCCGACACCCUCCACCUAGCAGGCAAGAACCAGAGAUUCAUGGACAUGGUGGACAAUACGGCCAUCUCAGCAAUCCAGGACUCCUUCAAAGUGACUCUGGACAGAAACAACCUGCGGCAAAUGAAAACCAAGUACAAGGGUACGCCUCAGGCUUGUGUUAUCAGAAAACCAAUACCUGGACACAAACCCCAGGAUCCCUCAGACAAGUCCGACCCUUUAACUUUCCCAUUCCCCGAUGAAAAAAAACCAGCCACAACCAACAAGAGCAACUCCAAACCCGUCAGCCUCCAGAUCCAACCUCAGAAACCCCCAGAACCGACAAAGCCCAGGUACACAGUGAAGUACCGAUCCUUCGUGGACCUGCAGGACUACAGAUGCUCCAGAGACUCGGCCGUGAGCCCCAGGCCCAAAGAGAUAUUGGUCACCAUCGAGGUGCCACUGCUGAAGUCCAUCGCGGACACCAGCUUGGAGGUGAAAGAACGAGGCCUCCUGCUGGAGUCCAAGGAUCCAGCGUACAGGCUGGAGCUGCCCUUGGCCUAUCCUGUGGACGAAGACGGAGGAGAGGCCAAGUUCAACAAACAGAGAGGACAGCUGAGCGUCACGCUGCCUGUUCUCCCAUCCAAGGAGGUGUGGGAUGGAAUGAACGUCAGUGACGGUCAGAGAAGUCACUCAGGUGUGGAGGAGAUUUGUCGUCAUGAAGACGAGGAGGAGAUGAAGGAGGAGGAGAAGGUCAGAGAUGAUGGAGAUGAGGAGGGAUGGAGAUCUCAGAGAAAGAUGGAGGAGAGAAAUGUUAGAGGAAGUGAAGACGGGGAGCAAACUGCGGAAAGCGGGGAGGAAAUGAUGGAAGAACGGAGGAGGGAAGGUAGUGAUGCUGAAGAGGUGGAUACGAGUGUAGAGGAGGAGGAGGUCAAUAGGGAGGAAGAAGUUGAUGAAAAGGAGGCGAGGGAGCAAUCGUUGUUGGGAAACAGUGAGGUAGACGAUGAAGAACAUCAAAAUAUUAAAUGCCCAAAUGGUGAAGAGGGUGAACAAAGGGUAAAGGUCAGGGAGGAAGAGUUAAGGAAACAUGAGGAGGUGGAGAUAUCAGUGGAGGAGAUAAAGACAGAAGGAGAAGAUGAAGAAGAGGAGCAAGAAAAGGUGGAGAGAGAAGUGGAGGACACAGAGGAGGAAGAUGAGAAGGAAAGUAAACAAAGUGAGGAGGAGCUAAAACCAGAAACGCAGAACAAAGAGGACAGGGGAAGUGCGGGGGAGGAGAGAGGUGAUGACCCCAAACCGGAUGAGAUUUGUGAAAAUGGAAAAAAGGAAAUUAAAAAGCAGAAACAAGAAAAGGGGAAGGAAGAACUUUCUAAAAAUCCAUCUACUUUAGGAACUGACUCAGUUUCUUCCAUCCGAGAGGAGGUUGAGUUAAACUCUUACUCACCACAGGAAAGUGCUGGAAACAACGACGAAAAAGUAAAGCUUCACAGAUGCUCCAUCUCUCAGUCCGACCACCAGUGGUUCAUGUCCAACAACAACGACAUCUUUACCCCAGAACAUCUCUCAGCUCUGCAGCACUUCACCACAGACUGAGGGAGAAAACGAGGAUGUCUGCAGUGUUCCAGGCUCAGAAAAGCCGAUGGAGAUGGAGGAAAUGGAUGAGGACGACUUGCAGACAGAGCAGGUCUUUCAGCGCAGUGACAUCGAUCCUCCUCCAGGAGCGCGGAGAAACGAAGAUGGAGAGGGAAAUGAAAAGGUUCAAGGGUUUUAUACGACACGUACGGGGCUCGUCUUCCAGAACGACCUGUUGUUCACCCUGGAGCCCUGAGGAAAUUAUUUGUUAUUUUGAUUAUAUUUUGAAUUUUAUUUUGAAAAUACAGCCUCCGUCGGGUCAUCAGGUGUGAUCGAGGGACACUUCAAACAUCUUUACUACAGUUAAAUAAUAAUAAUAAUAAUAAUAAUGAGACUUUCACUGAUGUCAGGUAUGUGGUUUCUCUGGGGUUCGAACCCAAGUCCUUCUGCAUGUAAGGCAGGUGUGAUAACCG